AAUAAUUCUUGUGGUACUAAUAGCAUAACCAAUACCAAUAUGGGUUUAUUACAUUGUCCUAAUGGCGGUGGUGGUGGUGGUGGUAAUAAUAGUAGUGGUGGUAAUAAUAGUUUAACUAACACAAAUAAUACAUUAGGUGGUGCUUGUAGCGCAGGUGGUGGUGCUGGAGGCGGCGGAGGAGAUCAAAGUGUCUCCGAAGCUAUAUCCAAUAUUUCUAGUCCUGACUAUCAGGAUGAUGAUAACUUACUCAGUUCUCGCGAUCUUUUAGGCGGUAUGAUACUUAGCGAUCCCAGCGAUUCGGAUUCAACAAUACUGGUUUCUGAUGCUGCUGUGCAGCGUCAACAACAACAGCAACAAAGACAUCAUCAACAGCAACAAAAGUCAUCCGAACACAAAGUUGUUAUACAAGUGCGUGGUGCCGAUAAUGCCACAAAUUCUCACAAUUCUCAUAAUAACAAUGGUUCCUCAAUGAGAUCUCUGGGUUCCGAUUAUAAAAAUUCCGAAGAUGAACUUGCCACACUCGCCGAAGAUGCUGCUGCUCCUAUGUAUCAACAAACGACAUCACCAAAUAGUAAUUCAGGAACACUGGGCGAUGGUCGUGAAUCAUCGCCUCCCGUAUCCGAUGAUGGCAGCGAUGUUGAGUCACUGCAUUCGUAUCAUUAUUCUCCUAAGGCUGUGGAUAUGCCAUCGGCAAUACGUUUGGCAAAAAGACUGUAUACUCUGGACGGUUUCAAGAAAAGCGAUGUUUCACGUCAUUUGAGUAAAAACAAUGACUUCAAUCGUGCCGUGGCUGAUGAAUAUUUAAAAUAUUUCAGUUUUGAAACCAAAUCCUUAGAUCAAUCAUUAAGGGAAUUUCUACAACAAUUCUCGCUAUCGGGUGAAACUCAAGAACGAGAACGUGUUUUAGUACAUUUUUCCAAGCGUUAUUUAGACUGUAAUCCAGGAACAUUUAAUUCUCAAGAUGCUGUUCAUACCUUGACCUGUGCUAUUAUGUUGUUAAACACCGAUUUACAUGGUCAGAAUAUUGGACGCAAAAUGACCUGUAAUGAGUUCAUUGAAAAUUUGGCUGAACUUAAUGAUGGCGAAAACUUUCCCAAAGAUGUACUCAAGAGUUUAUAUCAAGCCAUCAAAUCGCAACCUUUGGAAUGGGCACUUGAUGAGGAUCCUGUUGAUUUGCAAAAACUUCAAGGUGAUAAUAAAAAUCUUCAGCAGAACACAGGUCAAUUGGGUCAGAAUCCAUUUUUGGAUAUACCUGAAGCUGCCAAUGCUGUGGAAUAUAAAAAAGGCUAUGUUAUGCGCAAAUGUUGUUAUGAUGUUAAUUAUAAGAAAACUCCUUUUGGCAAACGUUCUUGGAAAAUGUUUUAUUGUACUCUUAGAGAUUUAGUUUUAUAUUUACAUAAGGAUGAGCAUGGUUUUCGUAAAAGUCAAAUGUCCGACAAUCUACACAAUGCCAUACGAAUACAUCAUGCCUUGGCCACAAAGGCUACUGACUAUACCAAAAAACAACAUGUAUUUCGUUUACAAACUGCCGAUCAGGCUGAAUAUUUAUUCCAAACUAGUGAUUCGAAAGAAUUACAGUCAUGGGUAGAAACUAUUAAUUUUGUAUGUGCCGCCUACUCAGCGCCUCCUUUGGAAGGAGGAGUGGGUAGUCAAAAAAGAUUCCAAAGACCUCUACUACCCAGUUCGCAUACCAAAUUGUUAUUGAAAGAACAAUUGGAGUCACAUGAACAGCAAUUAAAUAAAUUGGAGAAUACAAUAUUAGAACAUAAAAAGGGUCCCAUACCCUCUAAAGGUUUAGCUUUACAAAACUACAAAGAAAAGGAACUAUUUUUACAAUAUGAGUUACGUCGCUACAAGGCGUAUGUGUCUAUUUUAACAGCUAAAAUCUUAGCUGAUCAACAGCAGUACGAAUUGCAACAGUGUAAUCAAUUGAACGAAGAGGAUACUGAUAAAUUCUUUAAAACACAGGUUGUCUCAGCACAACCAAUACGUUUACAACCAAUGCCAACGUCUUCAGCAGCACCAAAUAGUAUUAAUGCUAACGAGCAACUGCAAAAGCAGCAACUUCAACAAUCAUCACAAUCUCAACCUCAAUCACAACAGCAGCAACAACAACAAGCAUCAUCUGGAAACAGGAAAAAAGAGAAAAAGAAGUAAAGAAGCUUAUUUUAUGCAAUUUUUUUUGGUUGUUUUCAUUUAAAUCAUAUCAACAACAACAUUAAAUCAUUAUUUAUUUAAAGAGACAAAAACAAAAAAAGAACACAAAUACAAACGAACGAAACAAUAAUUGGUAAGUUUCUUUUUUUAUGAACUUUACUUUAUAUAAAUAUAUAGAUUUAAUAAACGAAAAAAGAAAAACAAAUAAUAAGCAGGUAAUCUACUAAAUACAUACUCAAUUAUGUAUUUAACGAAAUUGCAAUAAUUUUGAAACAAAAUAAAAUUAAAAUUAUAAAAAUGAAUUUAUUUAAUAUUUUAAGUUUGUACGGUGUUGUUUUAAGAAAAAGGCUUUUGCUUUAAAUUAACUUUAUUUAAGCGUUUUUUGGGCUUCAAGUUUUUCAAUUUUGAGUUUUUUUUUGCAAAAGAAACGAGAAAAAAAGUAAACAAACAAACUAAUUCGUGAUAAAACCUUUAACUUGUAUUUUUGUGUGUAUAAAUUUAGUUUUUUUUU